ACUGCCUCGUUAGAACCUCGAGCAACUCAGCUUCCACCGCCAGUAGCUGAGUCCACAACUCAAGCAUUAACAGCUCCAGUCUUCACAUAUGUGACCCCUCCAGUAGCAACAAAUGAGUCAACGUUCUCCGUGGGCACAGGCAACUCCAAUAAAUUCACAGCAGGGGCUGAAUCCGGUAUAAGUCUUGGAGUAUGUGUCGUGCUUUUGGUUGCUGGUCUUCUUAUCUAUCGCUUCAAUAAGUGGAGGUCGAACAAACGCGCCAAAGCCAAUCAAGAUUCCACGUCGAAACCAAGCGACGCGAAUCCUCCAACAUCAGAGCCGUCUACUCAGCACAUGUCGAGUCGGCAGCGAGAAAAAAUGCCAGCGACUAAUGAUGCAGUUCAGGCGGCUGCGGACGACGAGAUACAUCCAGUACCUCCUCAGAAGGUGUUUACGGCGUUGGAAAAGGGAAAGAAGGCUGAUUAUGACUCGUCUUCGUUGGUGAUUUCGCCGUGUUAG